CCAUGUGUGUGAGAUGUUUGUGCAGAGCGCGCGGGAGGGUGGUUGUUGCCAUGCAUUUUCUGUGUAAACAAGUCUCGGCAUCUUGCUGCAAAACAGAACAUCAGCUUUUCGUGAAAUACUCUACCUACAGAAGGCUAUGAACUCAUCGUUCGGUUCGGUAUAGCACAGACGAAUUCGCAAUUACUUUCUCGUCACUAAUUAUCAUCAUGUCAUACGAAAGCUGGCUGGCAUUGGUGAAAAGUGCCGAUAAAUCGUCCAUCAUACAUGGAAACGUACGCAAGGUGCACUAUCGGUUUCCUGAUGGUAGGGAAAUGGCUGAGGAAUACAGUACCGAUACUGGAGUGGUCUUGAGACGUGCAUGGAAAAAUAAGACAGUUUUAAUGCAAAAAGAGGAAUGGAUAAUUGAGCUUGGUGAAUCGAUACCUGUGGGAUUGAAGGAAAAUGAGCUGAUGCUGAAGGAAUCUUGUUCCGAACCAACGCUAGCGAAAAGAGUUACACGAAACGCUAUUGAAUGGCGAAUCAGAAAUUUACCCUAUCCCCUUUCCACUUAUAUGGUAACGUGUGACGAAAAUGAUGGCGCCAUAGUCGUGAGAACUUCCAACAAGAAGUACUUCAAAAGGAUAGAAGUGCCGGAAUUUAAACGGUGCAAUAUCGUCACAAAACAGGAUGAUUUGUCGGUGGUGCAUAAAAAUUGCACCCUUAUAAUAACGUACAAAAAACCAGCAAUUUUGCUGGAAAUGGAACGCGCUGUACUGACGGCGCUGCAGGACGUGGAGACUAUUGAGUACAAUAAUUACCAGAGUGAAGAUGUGCUCAAUAACCUUAUGAUACAAUAAAAAGAUUAACCCUAGAGAAGACUCUAGAUUCAUCUAAAAGCUUGUCUCGCCCUCGCGCGUUAUGUCUUUUUUUUUUGUUGGUUUUCUAUUUAUAGAUAUUUUUAUUUAUAAUUGGGACGUUCAAGUGUGUAACGGAUUUUAGUUUUGCCAGAAAUAAAAAUGCCUUUAUCUACGAUAAGGUCCAUCUGGGACUGUUUUAAAGGUACAUCGAAAAGCUUGCCAGUACACGGUAAUUCUCAUAUAUUUUAAUGUAUCUUUCAGCGGCAAAUAAGAGUAUUGGAAAUGUUCCUUUUUGUUUAGCAAUAAACUGAUGAUUGAUGUAGACAGAUGACUCA